AUGCGACAGCCAGGUGCACGAGGUCACGCGGCGCGCAUCACAGCAGCACCACCACGCGGCUUCCACUGCUGUCGACUCGACGCGAUCAUCCUACUCGCAGCACUCUAUUCCGCCAUCACGAUGCCUCACACCCGCGCUCCCACCCGCGGUCGCGCUCGCCGUCUCCCGCUCCUCCGCGAGCCGCCAGCACCUCGUGCCUUCGCAGCCGCCGUCCUUGCCGCUGCCGUGGCUCUCCUCGCCGCCGCCGCCCCCGGUGUGGUUGUACAGGGCGCGCCGUUAGGGGGGCCGGCGUGCGUGAACGAGUUUCCCAAGAAGCCGCUGUGCAGGUUCGUGGAUGAUCUGGCGGCCGCGCCGCGCGUGGAGGUGGACGCGUCCAUGGGGAGGACGAUCCGCAUCGGCGCGUAUCAGAUCUACCAGGCGAAAGAUGCACGCCUAUGGGGUCAACGCAUAAACCCUCUCUUCUUCCCCACUCCGUUCCCACCCUCUCUCCAUCCACAGAAGCUGCACCGCGACCUACCUGCCACAAAGCUGUACGCCUAUGGGCUCAACGAUCUACCUCCCUCCGCCAUUCACAUUCUCCCCGCCCUUCCACCCCCCACCAUUCUCCCCCCUACCCGUCCACAGAAGCUGCACCGCGACCCGCCAGCCACAAAGCUGUACGCCUAUGGGCUCAACGAGCGCACUGCUCACUACCCUGGCCCCACUCUCGUCGCCCGACGUGGGAUCGCCACCAAGGUCUGGCCGCACCUAGCGGUGAGGCGCACGAGGUACCGCUUCCGAGUGCUGGGGGCGGCCAGCAGUCGCUUCUUCAAUCUGCGCUUCGUGUGUGCCGCCCCUCACAACUACCCCGACUUCACCCCUCCCAUCACAGGGGAUGUGCUUCCCAUCGUGCAGAUCGGCACGGACGGAGGCUACCUGCCCCACCCCGUGACCUGCUCCUCCCUCCUACUCGCCCCGGGGGAGCGCCACGACAUUCUCGUCGACUUCUCCUCGCUGCCCGCCUCCUGUGCUGACGUCAUUCUCACCAACGAUGCCCCCGCGCCCUUCCCCUCGGGCGAGGCACCGGGCCGCAACGCCACGGGCGUGGUCAUGCGCUUUGUGGUGGACCGCACUGGUGGUGUUGUGCCGUCACCUCCUGUGCCCAAGAAGCUUGUGUCCCUUCCCAAGCUGCGCCUCUCCCGUGUGAGCAAGGAGAGGUGGAUGACAGCUGUGGAGGUGUCUUCCCCCCAACGCAUCACCUUCGAUGGCCGCGGCUUCAGUGACUCGCCCACCGAGACUCCCAAGCGGAACUCGGAGGAGCUAUGGCACAUAAUCAACGACACGCCAGACGCCCAUCCCAUCCACCUGCAUCUCAUCAUGCACCGCCCCCUCGCCCGCCGCCCCUUCAACCGCACCGCCUACUGCAACAGCCAGUGCGCCUUUCCUGGCAACUCCUCCGCCAACUCCUCCCUGCCCACCUGCUUCACGGGGGAGGGGAGCAGCGUGAGAGUGAGUGGGAGGGCGGGCAGCGUGGGGGAGUACGAGCGCGGGUGGAAGGACACCACUGUGCUGCAGCGGGACGAGGUGCUCACCCUCUGGACCGGCUGUUUCUCCCAGGACGGGUCGCCGUUCCCCUUCAACCCCACGCGUGGCCCAGGGUACGUGUGGCACUGCCACAUCCUGGAGCACGAGGACAAUGACAUGAUGCGCCCCCUCAUUGUCACGUAG